GUAAGAUGUGUACUUUUAUGGUGGCAUGGUACUCCAUCCUACUAUCCAGCCGUUUCUCAAAUUGAUAUUUCCACAACUUAUUAUUUUCUGAAAGCACUGAACAUCUUACAAUUUUAGCAUCUUCUCUUUAUGUACUUUAUGAAAAAAAUUAGCAUCUUAUCUCAAAACAGAUUUUGAUAAGCUAAAUUGAAAGAACUGUGGGGUUGGUAAGCUUUUUGAAAUGUUGUCUUUAUAGUCAAGUCCUUCAAAAUGAGGGCGGAGUAUCUAAACGAAGUACCACACAUUAACCUACUUGAGUUUCAAACUUUCACCGAAGGUGCAUGAGAUUCAUUCUUUAUGUGUUUAUGCAUGCAUUGCACUUUAGUAUUUUGAUAAGAAGUAACUGAAUCCGGUAGUUGUCGGUAAAAUAAUAAACUGAUUAGCUCUGGACUGACUUAGUGCUCUCAGAUAUUUAAAAAGAACAAGAAGAAAUGGUUUAUACUAUAUGUUUUCAAAUCCACAUUUUAUGUGGAAAACUUUUUUUUUUCCAAUUGUACCUUUGGGUGCAUCUCUUCAGGCUGUAGUUAAGAAAUGGUUUGUUGUUUGAACUGCUAGCACACUUCCCUGGUGUUCAAGGUGCAUACUGCACUCUGAAAAUGGGUUAAAAUUCCUCGUGCAGUUACUAGCAUUUCUUUGCUUUGUAAAAUAAAUGUCAGAUUGCCAAGUAUGUCCUUACUCAGGUAACAGCGGCUCCAAUUAUUGAGUAUCAGUUCGAUUUCUUGUCCUCUUAUCCUGGUUUGGAUAUCAUUAGUUUCAAGUACUAUUCAUUCUUUGCUUUGUAAAAUAAAGGUCAGAUUGCCAAGUAUGUCCUUACUCAGGUAACAGUGGCUCCAGUUAUUAUCAAUUCGAUGUCUUAUCCUCUUAUCCUAGUUUGGAUAUCAUUAGUUUCAAGUGCUAUUCAUUCUGGUAUUCCAUUAGUCUCUAGAACCACAAAGGUAAAGAUGUUCAACUCCUAGGUAAUUUCCUGGUAAGGUUAAAACUUAAAUUUCUGGUAGCUUUUUGUUUUUUGAGUUGCCAAACGUAACCAUUCAAUUUCCAAGUCCGAGCUACAUUACAUGAAACAAAGGUGAACACUUAGAUGAGCAGAGCAAUGAUGCAAUUUAUCUUUGGCCUCUUAUUCCAAGCAACAACGGAGAUUGAUACUUGCCUAUGCUGGGUAAAAAAUUGUUGGGAGUAUCGACCUUGUUCUCUUCUUUAUUCUUCUUACAUCCCAUCUAUGCUACUAAGAGUUUACUUUUGGAUUCAAAGGCUAUCAAAAAAGUUUCAAGCAUUUCAGGAGACACCUGUGAUGGUGAUGCAUCUCGCCUGGGAGCUCUUUGAUUCAAAGGUUCGCUUGGUUAUGGACAAGACAAACAAUAAGCCCAGGGGUUAUGCUUUCAUUGAGUAUGUGCAUACACGGGAUAUGAAAGCUGCAUAUAAACAAGCUGAUGGAAAGAAGAUUGAUAAUAGAAGAGUUCUGGUUGAUGUUGAACGUGGUAGAACAGUCCCCAAUUGGCGUCCCCGCAGACUUGGCGGUGGACUUGGAACAACAAGAGUUGGAAAUGAAGAUGUUAAUAGAGAGGUGGUUCAGCCUGGAAGGGCAGCAUCUCGCUCUGAGGAGCCUAGAGCACGAGAUGACAGGGACAGCAGGGAUCGGGAGAAGUCCCGUGAAAGGGUGCGAGAUAAGGACAGAGAGAAAUCUCGUGAACGUUCUCAUGAUAGGCCAAGGGAACGUGAAAGAGAUGACAAACAUCAUAGGGAACGCGAGAGAACUAGAGAAAGAGAAAAAGAUCGUGGUCGAGAUCGUGAUCGAGACCGCGAACGUGAUAGGACACGGGACCGUGAGCGAGGCAAAGACAGAGACCGAGAUCGUGAGCGAGAUCGCCACCGUGAGAAGGACAGGGAAAGAGGUAGGGAUGAAGGUGAGGUGGACCAGGGUCGUGGUCGUUCUCGUGAUAAAGAAUAUGAUUAUGAACAUGUGGAAUUGAAACAUGAGCGGGAAAGGCAUGGUGACAAAGAAAGGAACUAUGAUCAUGCAGAACCUGAAGAUGAUCAUGGCCAUUAUGACUAUUAUGAUCACCACCAAGGUCGAGGAGACUAUGAGAAUCCAGAUGCACAAGGUGGUGAUGAUCGCUAUAAAGAUGCCAGUCGUGGUCAUGAUCAUUAUGAUCAAAUGGAUGAGGAUAAUUAUGCCUAUGACCACGGGGCAUCUGAGGCAAAAGAAAGGGACCGGGAUUACAAGCAUUCAGAUAGGUCACAUUCUCGCGAAUAUGACUACUGAUGAUGAAGUGUUUUCAGCUUGUGUUGCUGUGGAAGACAUGUGCUACUGAUACCUCAGCCGAAAAUGGAAUUUUCUGUUGGAAUACUUGCUUGACUAGUGCCGGAAUGGAAACAUUAAAGAUGAUGGUGCAGCUCAUGGGCCCAUGUUAUUGAAUUUUGUAUCUGCUUUUGGAAUUGUUUGGUAUGUACUUGCUUAUGUGAACUUGUUUAAUGCGUCUUAUUCGGGAUAUGGCUGAGCUGAUGUGUUUGUUAUGGGUACUUGUAUGUCGAACAGACCGACUAUUGGCUCAUGUUACCGUAUUUUGGUACUUUAUUAGUAUCUGUUUUUGGAUAUUAACUCCUAUCAAAUUUGUCUUGAAAUUUAUUUAUAUUUAUAGA